GCCUGCGCAUUAGAAGCUAAUGUUGGCGUUUCCUGUAAGUGCAAUACAGCCACCGUAAAGAAGCGUUUUACACCUCAAUAAAAUCAUACUGCUUUUACAUCGAAGUUGAGCUUGUGGCUAAGUUGGCUGGCUGAUAAGGAUGAUGUGAGAUGCGGCUAGCUACCAAACCCACAGUUAGCUAGUCGUAAGCAGAUGGCUCUCUAACAUGACACGCGCCACAGUUUCCCCACUUUUCAACUGGACCCAAGAGAGGGACUUUUCCGCAAUGGUGUUCAAGUAACGUUAGCGGGACUCAGCUUGAGGCACAUUGUUUGAGUUCGUCAUGAAGGUGCUGGGCUCGCGCUUUGCCUUCCUCAUAGGCUUCCUGGUGGGGACCUGUACGCUCUAUGUGUUCCUACAUCAGGUGUGGUUCGAGAGGACCUUCUCAACACGUUCUCAGCCUGAUGGCCUGGAGAAGACAGAGGCUCAGUUACGUGAGCUGGAGGAGGACAGCAAGAAUUGGAAGAAGGAGAGGUCGGCUCUCUUCAACCUCAACCACCCCCACCACAAAGGUGAGGACAGCCACAUGGCAGACGAGCUGUACAAGAAGGUGCGCAUCCUUUGCUGGGUGAUGACAGGGCCUAACAACCUGCAGAAGAAGGCCCGCCACGUAAAGAACACCUGGAGCCGCCACUGUAACGUGGUGGUGUUCAUGAGCUCUGUGGACGACCCUGACUUCCCCACUGUGGGGCUGGGCACCAAGGAAGGCCGCGACCAGCUCUACUGGAAGACCAUCCGGGCCUUCCACUACGCCCUGGAGAACCAUGGAGACGAGGCCGACUGGUUCCUUAAGGCUGACGACGACACCUAUGUUGUCGUGGACAACCUGCGCUGGGUGCUGGCCAACCACACGCCAGAGGAGCCCAUCUACUUUGGACGCAGGUUUAAGCCCUACACCAAGCAGGGCUACAUGAGCGGCGGGGCAGGCUACGUGCUGAGCAAAGAGGCCCUUAAGAGGUUCGUGGAUGGCUUUAAGACCAAGGUGUGCACCCACACCACCCACGUGGAGGACCUGGCCAUGGGCCAGUGCAUGGAGAAGGUGGGGGUGGUGGCCGGGGACGCAAGAGACACCGUCCUGAGGGAGACCUUCCACCCCUUUGUCCCUGAGCAGCACCUCACCUCCAAGUUCCCCAAGAGCUUCUGGUACUGGAGCUACUGCUACUACCCCAUCUCAGAGGGGCCAAAUUGCUGCUCGGACCUGUCUGUGUCUUUCCACUAUGUGGACGCGUCUCUCAUGUACCUGUUGGAGUACUACGCCUACCACCUGCGUGCCUUUGGCUACAGGUACCGCUACCAGCCCCCGGCCCCCCUGGGCUACAAGAAUGAGGCGUGGGACAGGUCAGAGGGUGGACACUCGUACUCCAAAGAGCAGCCGGCCAUCCAGAGGGGGCCACUGGCGAGGGUGGAGAGUCCGUCCAGGACAGACAGGAAACAGGAAGUGAUGCCUCCCGCUGCAGCAGAGAAGGACCCGCCUGCUGCUGCACAGGAUGACAAGCAGUAGUAGCCUUGUGUAUCUGAGAGCGAGGUGUGUUAAUGGUUGCUUUUGAGCGUGCAUGUGUGCAUAUGCAUCUGUAUGGAUGCACUUGCACACAUUUUUACAGAAGUGAAAAGACUCAACUGUGGUGCCUCCCAAAGAAGUGUGCUGUUGUGAAGGAUUGUGUCAGUGUUGAAGAAUGUGUGACUGGCUGUUGGUUGGGUUGUUACUGGCACCAACCAUCCCCUUUUUUUUCUUCUUUUUGUCCUUGUGUUUACCACACAGCCUCCAUGUUGAAAUGUCAACAGCCCUUCAAUUUUUUAAAGAUAUUUAACAUGAUUGUUGUUUCAAAUACCUGUUUUAAUUCCCUCAGUUCUUGGACCACUCAUAAGGCAUCAUCAAAUAAUUAAAGGAUGACUUGGUGAGUGGUCCUGGGCCAAUGUUCCUAUAGGAGAUUCCUACUGGACUGGUUCAUCUUGCUACUCCCCACUGUAACCAGUUUGACCAGUCCUCACAGCCCUCACUUUAACAUUGAGCUGACUAGAUUAACUAGAUUUAUCAGAAAGGAUUUAGGAUCAGCUUCCCCUACCCUAAUCAACCUACGCUACUAGGAGUUGAAAACCAAACUUGGUCUUAGAUUUGUGUUUUUAUUUAUACCUGUAUAAAAUAUUGUCUGUAUAAGAAGAUCAGGUCUUUCAGACAUACUGUUGAAGAGUGGUAACGAGAGAGAGAGGGUCACUUUAAACCUGGGAGACUCUCUCUCAAUCAGCCCCAGUAGCUUGUGCCUUGUGAAGCAUGAUUGUGUGCAACGUCAGUUGCACAUUUUGAAACUGCACUGUGACUAAAAACAAGACGGACAUGUCGCUUGAACCUACCUGUGCAUGUUCAGUUAGCCGAUCUCUAGAGAACAGUUUUUGCACCCUGUUUGAUUGGAUAAUAUUGUGUUUAUUUGUUUGAUUCAAGUUCUAUUUAAAUCUGUUAUGGAUAGGAUGAUUCAAGAGUUUUUAGGGGAGAGUUUUCUGGGAAAUGACUGGGUGGGGAUGUUUGGUGUGUGUGAUGUCAUUGGCUGAUGUCGCUGAGGAGGAUUUUGUUUUAAUUUUUAUGAGUCUUCAUUGUAUUAUGAUACCAUAUUCUUAUUCUGUAUGCUUUUACAGUAUAUUAUACUUUUUGAGCAAAGUGACUCAUUGAUCACCUCAAACCAAACUCACAGGGUGUCUUGUCUUUUCAUCUUCAGUUCAAAUGGGACUUAUGUCUAUAGCCCUGUAUUUCACUGGUUGAUGUCUGUUUUAUAGACAUGUGUUAACUUAACAUCCUGUACGUGGUGCUGUAUAUUGGUCGGACACCAUUUUCACAAACAGAGGGCCUGUAUAGGUGUAUUGACAUUUGUCACAUGGCAGCCUCCAUUGUAACUUAAACAGUAAACCAAGUCAGCAUGUAUGCUGUAAGAUUUUAUUCUGUAUUUUAAACCCGUUUCAAACAAGAA